AUGGCUUAUCCACAUUAUCGAUCUCAGUUUGGAGAUACAACGUUUACGAAAGUGUUUGUUGGGGGGCUAGCUUGGGAGACCCCAACUGAAGAAAUGCACAGAUACUUUGAGCAGUUUGGAAAGAUUCUUGAAGCUGUUAUCAUCACAGACAAAAACACAGGAAAAUCUAAAGGAUACGGAUUUGUGACUUUUCGUGAUCCAGAAUCAGCAAGAAGGGCUUGUGCUGAACCAAACCCUGUGAUCGAUGGUAGAAGAGCAAAUUGUAAUAUUGCUUCACUUGGACGGCCGAGACCUUCCCCGCCUCGAGGAAGACCCCAAGGUGGCAGUCCUUACCAGCGAAGUGCACCACCGGGUGCACCAUCAUACAGCGGAGUUGCAGCACCAUUUCCUCCCCCAGCUCCUCUUGCUCCCCCACCACCACCGCCUGUCCUCUAUCCACAUUACGGGUAUCCAACCUACACUCCUGAAUAUGGGUACCACCAGGCAUUGUAUAAUACACAAGUUCAACAGCCAGCUCAAUACUACCAUCAAAUAUACGGGACAUCAUCAUCCACCAUGGGCCCACCAUACUAUUAUGGCUACUCUCUGCAAGCUCCAAGGGGAACACUCUCUGCACCCCAGGCUCCACGAAUACCUGGACCGUCUUAUUUAUACUACCCAGCUUCAAUGGAGGGGUCCUUCUCUUCGUUUCCUUCUCCAACUAUUCAACCCACAAGGCAUCCCUUUCCCUCUUCUAGUACAUCUGAUUCAACAACUCCACAGCAUACCACCACGGAAACAGAAACUGGUGCUGUUACUUCAGAAAAGGAACUCGAGGCUGCCAAGGUGAGGGGGAUCGAUGGUAGUGGGCUAGGGUUGCUGUUGUGGCAGAGGUCGACAACAGUGGCUAUGGUGGGUGGAGUUGCUGUGGCAAUGAUUGACGUAAGUAGCCGUGGUGGAUUAAUUUGGUAUUUGGGCAAAGAAGAAGGCGGAAACACGUUGGGCCAAUGA